AAAAUACUAAACAAUUCAAAUUACAUGAUUUCAGCAACUAAUAAUGUGAGUUGCAAAGAAAGAUGGUAAUUGUUGAGGAGAAAGAAAGAGAAGAAGAAAGGAGGGGUUUUAAUACCUGACCAUUAUACUCUAAUUUCUGAUAUAUUUAAUCUAUUUCUGAUAUAUAUAUAACAUAUUUUCUGACGAUUUUAAAUUUAUAAUUUAAUAUCUGACCAUUAUAAUCUAAUUUCUGACUAUUAUUAUCUAAUUUCUGACCAUUAAGAUUUGUUUUUUCCACAAUUUUUUUUUUGUUUUUUGUUUUUUUUUUGUAUGACUGAACUCACGUGAAUCCGUUCUACACAAAACUUUUACUUAAAAGAUUGCCAUUUGAUCAACAUAUUUCGUUUAUCAUUUUGAUCAAUUGGGGCUCCCUUCUUUUAUUGAAACUUACACAAAGUACUCCAUAGUUAAUGAUUUAAUCUUAUUGAUUCGCCAUUAUAUUUAUCUGUCUUGAAAUUAUUUUUAUAAAAUAUUAUUUAAAUAACGGGAUCGGACAGGGGUUAACGAAUGAAAAAACAGAGGAGCAGGGGCGUAGCGAGGUAGCAGAUCCUUCCUCAUUAAACCCUCUCCCUUUCUCCCGCAAAACCCCUUCUCCCCUCUCUCUCUUCCCCACCAUUUUCCAAUCCAAAAACUCUAAUUUGAUUGAAAAUGGCGCUUUUACGAUCUAAUGUUAUUCGAAAUCUAUCAAAAUUGGUCCACCUUCAACAACAUUCGUUUGCUCUGGGAAGCUCAAGAACUUACGCUAAUGCUAUUAUUAACGGGCCUCAAGAUAACUUAUGCAGGACAAAUUCUUUUUUAUACAAGAGUCAAACCUAUCCACUGGCUCAUGGCAGAGCAGGGGUGCUUCGCUCUACAAUGGCUGCUGAGAUGUCAGUGUUUUUAUAUGAAGCUAGAUCAUUAUCAACACAAGCAAAAGCCCCUCAUCAAGCACGACAGAUGGGGGCCAUGCAAGUUGCAAUGCUUAGCCCUGGAUUUAUCUAUGAACCAUAUGGGCCUCGAGAACCAAUCUCAAUCUUGCAAAGAUGGUUCACUAGAAGAGGAUGGAGAAGAACGAAGGAAGACAUGAUCAUAGAGAUGAAAAGCGCCUAUGCUAUCUCCAAAUUGAGGAAAUUUGGGUAUUCGAAACAGGGGUUCUAUAAAGAGGCAUUUGAAUUAUAUAAAGAGAUAAAUGCAUUCCUUGCACAUGGUGAUAAAACUUCAUUGAGGAAAUUGGUUACGGAAAACAUGUUCUCAGUCCUGAAAAAUGAUAUUAAAAUGAGAGAAACAAUGUGGAGCAGUGUCUAUUGGGAAUUGGUUGAGCCAGCUAUUAAAAUCCGAACUCUGCGAGCUAGACUGAUUGGUGUUGACCGCAAUGACCUUAAGAAGGUUUUCAUACAGCUCACCCUUGAGUUCCUUACAAACCAGAAGUUUGAGGCCUAUAAUUCUGAAGGCGCUGCUGUUGCUGGAGAUAAAAAUAAAGAGGUACUUGUUCGUGACAUAUGGGUAUUUGAGAAGUCACUCUUUCACCCUGGAGCAUAUUGGUGUCUCUGUGGACGAAUUCCUCCUCCUAAAUAGAUCUUAGUAGUUAGACUUGAUUGUCCUGUAAUGUACAGUUGCAAGGCAAAUUUUGCUUCUGCUAAAAUUUUGCAAGUUGAGCAUGUGUUAUUGUUUCACAAAGUAUCUUUCUAGCUUUGUUAUUGGCAUACACCCAUGGAUGUGGGUUUCAGGCAAAAGUUAUACGCUCUUUGUCACCGAUAUUUCUAACCAAAUUGUAAAAAUUAUGGAUAUGUGAGAUUAUUUUAGUGGUUCAAAUGUUCUGCA